UUGCUACUGCGGACCAGACUGUUGUUGCAACACGAAAUAAGAAGAAUCUGUCGAAGAUGGAGUCUGCCGAAUCCACCAAUCAACCUAUCCGUUGCGGAAGACCAUCGCAAGACGACGAAGACGUCGAGAUGGAGUCUACUGGGGAGACAAUCACCGUGCUGUUGUUCGGAAAGACAAGAAGCGGCAAGAGUGCCACUGGUAACUCCAUCUUGGGCUUUAAGGGUUUUGAUGCGGUCCACUCCACAACGACAUCAUAUACCCAGGUAUGCCAAAAAGAUAACAUAAAGACCGUUGUUGUUGAUACCCCUGAUGUAACAGAGAAUCAGGAAGACAACGCAAGCCAAGAGAUCGACAGAUGGCGUCAGAUGACCAAAGAUGGCUUUGAUGCUCUCCUCCUCGUCUGCAAACUUGGAGUGCGCUUCACUGACCAACAAGAAAGCCUUCUUGGAACGUUGGAGGAGAUUUUCGGGACGGAGAUCUACAAGUACACCGUAGUCGUUCUUACACACGAGGAUAAGCUUGAAGUAGCUAUGGAAGAGGAAGGUUGCACGAUGGAAGAGUACAUGUCUUCGAGUGGUCUCCGCAUACUGAUGGAAAAGGUGGAGAGUAGGUACGUGGUCUUAAACAACCGCUGUAAGACCGAAGACGAAAACAGGAAGCAAGUGCGGGACUUACUGAGGGCUGCACUGGAAACAAUAUAA